CUUCUUUUCCUUUUAAUAGUAAUAGCAUGUCCAACUCCUAUAGUUUAGCUAAUUGUUCAAAAAGAAGAGUUUCAUAUUUUUAUGACCGUAAAUUAAAUAUAUCGCAUUUCUUAUUUUAUUUGCUAAAUCUAUCUUCAUAGACGAUGUUGGUAAUUUCAACUAUGGACCAGGUCACUAUAUGAAGCCCAAACGUAUGCAUAUGGUCCAUAAUAUGGUUGUGAACUAUGGCCUUUAUAAAAAGUUGGAUAUUGUGAAACCUACACGAUGUACAGCUUAUCAAAUGACUCGUUUUCACUCUGAUGACUAUGUCAAUUUUUUACAGACAGUGACACCUGAUAAUUUAGAAGAACUUGCCAUGAAAUAUGGCGGUUUAGAACAAGGAAUUGCACGAUUUAACGUAGGAGAAGAUUGUCCUGUAUUUGAAGGUUUAUUUGAAUUUUGUUCAAUUUCAGCUGGUGGCUCAAUUGGUGCUGCAAAUAAAUUAUUAAACGGUGAAGCUGACAUUGCUAUUAAUUGGUCUGGAGGGCUUCAUCAUGCUAAAAAAACAGAAGCAUCCGGAUUUUGUUAUGUUAAUGAUAUUGUAUUAGGCAUUUUAGAAUUAUUAAGAUAUCAUCAGCGUGUACUCUAUGUUGACAUUGAUGUGCAUCAUGGCGAUGGUGUUGAAGAAGCCUUUUAUACUACAGAUCGAGUCAUGACUUGUUCUUUCCAUAAGUUUGGUGAGUUCUUUCCUGGUACUGGCGACAUUAAAGACACUGGACUUGGAAAAGGAAAACGAUAUGCAGUUAAUGUACCUUUAAGAGAUGGAAUUAAUGAUGAAACUUAUAAAAGUGUAUUUCGGCCAAUAAUUCAACGUAUUAUGGAUUGGUUUAGACCUGGUGCUGUUGUUCUUCAAUGUGGUGGUGAUUCAUUAGCUGGUGAUAGAUUGGGCUGUUUCAAUCUAUCUAUGCGUGGUCAUGCAUCCUGCGUAGAAUUUAUAAAAUCAUUCAACAUACCAAUGAUGAUGGUAGGUGGAGGUGGAUAUACAAUUCGUAAUGUAGCAAGAACAUGGACAUUUGAAACAGGCUUAGCGGUUGGAGAGGAUUUAACAAAAGAAGAAUUACCAUAUAAUAACUAUUUUGAAUAUUACGGUCCAGAAUAUAAAUUAGAUGUACCCUCCAACAAUAUGGUGAAUCACAAUACACGCGAAUAUUUAGAUCGCAUUAUUGCAAGAAUUAUCGAUAACCUAAGAUGCUUACCAUUUGCUCCUUCAGUGCAAACUCAAGAAGUUCCAGGAGAUUUCAACUUGGAUGACUAUAACGAUGGUGAAGAUAGUGAAGCAGAAGACGCAGAUAAUCGACAAACACAGCGUCAUAAAUUAGAAAAUAUGGGAGUAUUGUGAUAUAAAAAAUGAAGUUUUAUUGUAAAGGAUA